UUGUUAGGGCAUUUUAUUGACAUGGGGUCAAUCCAUGAAAAGGUUCCUUUUGAUCCUGGUCGCAAUGGUAGAUCUCUCUACCAGCAGACCCACGGAAGGCAUCCGUGCUUCCUCUUAGUUAAAGCUCUAAAAUUAAUUCAUUAUUAGCUUUAAUAAUGAUUUCCUAUUAGCUUCAGAAGUAAACUGCCUAGUUGCUAACAUAGCUGGUACAGAACAGACGUCACAUUGCUCACAGGGAAUGUGAUCCAAUAAAAUCUCUGAAGAUUGAAGAUAAAUUUCCUGGCUUUUAUUACCUUUUAAUCCAACAAGUAUUGAAAAAUGGUAGUGGUCCUCUUUAAAACUGGCUUUCUUCUCCCUCUUCCUAACAUAAUUGAGCGUCCAUAUGUGGGUGUUCCAAAGACAUAUCUCAGCAGCAUGGGUCUGGAGGCUCCAGUGUCAACAAGGAUUUUACUGGGGUCAUUUAACUCUCCAGGGUCUGCAUCAACUGAAGUUUUGGAAUCAACUCUAAUACGAGGAUUGAGAAUUCAUAGUGAGGUCAGACAGCUGCUGAUCUGUUUAGUGUUCUGGUGACAGGAUCCAAUCGGGGGAUCGGUAUGGGUCUGGUGAAGAGGUUUCUGGAGCUGCCCUGUCCUCCCAAAUGGGUCUUUGCUACAACUCGGGAUAUGGAGGCAGAGAAAAGUAAGGAAGUGAAAGAGUUGGCUUGCAAACAUCUGAAUCUCGUGGUGUUACAGUUAGAUGUCACCAAACUUGAGAGCAUCCAGGCAGCUCUGAAAGAAGUGGAAAAGUGCGUUGGAGAAGGUGGGUUGACCCUCCUAGUCAACAAUGCUGGCAUUAGGUUGUUCAAUGAUCUUGAAACAGAAAAUGCCAAGAAUAUGAUGACAAUAUAUUCCACCAACACCAUUGGCCCUCUGCAAAUGAGUCAGGCCUUUCUGCCCCUGCUGAAGAAGGCAGCCCAGAGAAAUCCACAGGAAGGGCUGAGCUGUAGCAAGGCGGCCAUUAUCAAUAUCUCCAGUGCUGGAGGAUCAAUGGAAGUGAUGCUUCUUUGGUAUAAGUGGAAAGGAAUCGGCUAUCGUUGCAGUAAGACUGCUUUAAACAUGCUCACCAGAUGCCAGUCACUUGAGUAUUCACGCCAUGGGAUUCUCUCUGUCUGCAUCCAUCCUGGCUGGGUGAAGACGACUUACAAAGAAGCAGAUCUAACCGUGGAAGAGAGCACACAAGGCAUCGUGACUGUGCUUUCCAUGCUUUCUGAGAAGGAUAAUGGGACCUUUGUGGACUGGUUGGGUCGACAGGUACCCUGGUGAACCAUUGGCUUCCUAAUCCUUGGACACCUAAUAUAUUCUCAAGUAAUGAAUCUCCAA